GUCUAAACUAUCAAACUAACAAAGCAAGUAAACAGUUGUAUUCAGGUUAAAGAGGUCACCCGGAUAUGGUUCCCCCUAGACUAUAGUUAAGCCGGAUUGUAAUUACCAAGUUCAGUUUCUAUGAUAGUUAUACUGCGGAAGGUUCUUAAACAGCCUGAAGUCUCGACUAAAGGUCUUCGGACCCUCUCAAUCUGAGUCUCUAGCGGGCGACUAACCUCCACCGGAGUAAACAGAUUGAGGCCUUAACAAACAAAACCUCCACUACCGGAGUAAAUCUGGUACAGAAUAGUGAGUUGGCUCCUCGACUAAAGUCACCAACUCCCGACCUUCAAUCAAGAAUACUCUAUCAACCUAGGCAGAUAUUCUCAUUCUAGGUUAAAGCAGAAACAACAGGAAUUUGAUCAGGAUUCAAGUCAUUCAAUCAUUAAAACCUCAAUCGAAUAUAAUCAAUCACAGAAUCAGUACUUGGGUUCAUACAAUCAAAGCCUAACAUACAAAUCUAGGGUUCUCCAUACCCAGAUGAAUGGGAGAACUACUCCAUGGAGAAGAAAGCAAAAGCGGAAUCAGACACGGAAUUCAUACUGCGAAGGACGGAUUCCGGCUCCUGGACGUUGAUUGGCACUUCUCCAAGCUCAAGCUGGCCUCCAACGGUGUUGAAGAUCAAUCUAGGGCACUUGGGAACUCUUGCUCAUCACUUUCUCUCUCUAGGAAUCGUUCUAUCUCUCAAAAACUCGAAUCCCCUGACUUGUGGCUGAAAAUCUACUUAAAAGCAUCAGUGGCCAAAGCACGGUCGAGGGCACGGCCGUGUAAUGCCUCAGCCCGCCCGUGUUUUGGCUAGUAUUAAUUACACUAGGAGAAACACGGCCGUGAUUCGCGUUGGACACGGCCGUGCUUUGGUGGAACACGGCCGUGCUUUGUCUCGGCCCUGCCCGUGUAAUCAGCUCAGCUCUCGGCAUAAAAAGCACGGCCACCAGAACACGGCCGUGUAAUGAUUUAGGUGUGCCCGUGUUUUGGCUCCAGCUCACCGAAAUGACUUCUGAUUGCCCCGAAACUCGCGCUUAGCCUUCCCUUUGACACCUAGGACCUGAAACAUGACAAAAUAGCACAACCCGGCGUAAAAUAGGCCACAAUACACGACUAUGCCCCUCAAACGGAUGAGAACUAGGGGCGCAAAUAUGUGCAAUUACAUCGUUAUCAAACCCCCCACACUAACCGUUGGCUUGUCCCCAAGCAAACCUAACUCAAACCAAUGCAACUCUCCAGACCUCUAUGGGAAACGGGUACCCAUUACCCGUACGGGACGGAUAACGGGUACCCAUAAAUACCCAUAAAUACCCAAAGUUUCAUUCACUUGACUGGCUUCAUUCCCUUGAUUAGCCAUGGAAACUAUAAACCAAAUCAACAUAAACCAAAUAGACAGAUGCUGGAAAUUCGAAACAUAAUUAGUAAUUAGCAGAACCAACCUAACUAGUAAUUAGAGUCCAUAAUAUGUACUGUAAGUAGAAAAGAAAAGAGAAUGGCAGCUGCAUACCUAAAUAGAUAACAACGCCGGGUGAAUGGUGAUGCUGCUGAUAUUCCACCUGUUCCUGGCUGCGAGCUAGGUCUUGCUGUCGGCCUUUAGCUGAGGCUGGCGCUGCGGCUGAGGCUGCGCUGGGUGGAGGACGCUGUCUCACACUCUCGCUGUCUGACUGUCUCGCAGUUAAGUGAAAGCUGAAAGGGAAUAGGCAGCCAGGCAGGGUAAGGGUCGACUAAGGGUAAGGGCCGAAAUGGCCAAGGCCCAAUGCCACAUUUCUGUAUUAGUGAAUUGGGUUGGGUGUUGGGCUGUUGGCUAUAUCUGGUAAAUGGGUAUAACGGGUACCCACAUUACCCAAAUGGGUAUUUGCGGGUAACCCGCGGGUACCCAUAUUAGGAAUGUACAAUCCCAAGUCCCAUCCGUUUAUAAUAAUACGGGAAAUAUGGGUACCCGUAACCCUUAAAAAACGGGACGGGUACGGGUAUACCCAAAUACCCGUUUCCCGUUGCCCACCCCUACACAUAUACGAGAAAAUCACUCAAUCAGCUUACUAAUUUGAGGACACGAUAAUAUGGGUGGCGUGGGAAGUCAUAACCUUUCUGCAGUUUAGAGCUUUUGAAAGGAAUUUUGUACGGAAUGCCUAUAAUGCAAUAGUAGGUGUCAUGCCACAAUUCAUGACAAGAUCCUGUUCGUAGAAAAAAUUAAAGAAUUCAACAUUGAGCUUGCUUAAUAAAGUAACCAAGUAUGC